AUGUCAACAGUAGUAGAAAAUAAAGACACCAAUGGAGCAGCUCCAUUGACUACUACAUCAGGAUCAUCAUCGUCCGACCAGGCAGAAAAUGCCAAAGCAGAAGGUCAACUGAAAGAAGUUCAACUGAAACAACUAUAUGAACAGUCAACACAAUACAACCAUUGGCGAUAUACACAGGCUGCGUUGGAUAAUUUGAGAAAUAAAGUAAACCAGGAAGCUAUCGCUUGUAUUAAACAGAACAUUGGAGAAGAACGCCUCUCUGUCGACGGCUUGCCAAAAGACCUUAGUUUUCUAAAAGUAGAAGAAGAGCUGGCCCUCCUUGGGUUUUAUGAACGCAAGAUAGUACAGAUAUUUCAGCAUUGGAAGCUCCCAUCCCACACAACAGCAACAGCUAUCGUCUACAUGAAGAGAUUCUACCUUGAGAAUACAGUCAUGGAUUAUCAUCCUAAAGAUGUUAUGAUGACAUGCAUGUUCUUAGCACGCAAGACAGAAAAUGUUUUAAUGAAUAUUGAGGAUUUUACAAAAGCACUCAAAGCUUUGCCAUCAGCCAUCUUGAAUUUGGAGUUUUUAGUCUGUAAGAACCUACGCUUCCAUUUCACUGUGCACCACCCAUAUCGCCCAUGCCUUGGUUUUUUUUACGAUAUGCAGGCUGUCACCGAUAAUAUGGAGAGGCUACAGAGGGUAUAUGAGGCUGCUCUGAAGUUGAUCGACACCUCCCUUCACACGGACCUCUGUUUCUUAUACCAACCCUCACAGAUUGCCCUUGCGGCCCUGCGGAUAGCUUGUCAAGACGAAUCCUAUGAUUUUGAAAGUACAACGCAAAAGUAUAAUCAAACAUUGCUACCGAUAUUAGAAAGCAUUGAGAACGUCUUGAAAACAGAUCCACGUUGUGUUGAAGUGGAUAGAUCUGUGGUACAAGAGAUUGAUAGAAGACUAAAAACAUGCAAGGAUCCUGCAAAGAACCCGGAAAGUUUGAUGUAA